GCCGGCUCAUCCACCCGAAAUCUUGCUUUUUUCCUUCUCUUUCUCCUUAUCGCAACACCUAAUUCUAUCGCGGGAGAAAAACAACUCACGUUGUUUCUUCAAAGCUUCAAUCGCCUCUGUUUCUAUUCUCCUCACGUGUCGCGUCAUCUUCCAGCGACUCUGAUUUGCCAGCGAGCCUCGCGUAGAAGCAUCUCUAGCUCUACUCCUGGAGCGGCAUCAUUAUCCAAACUAGCGGCAGUUCGAGCCUCCUGGGACAAAAAACCUUGCUUCUUCACGUUCGCUUCUUUCAAGAUCACAAUGUCUUCUCAACCUCUUCUUCAAACUGCUCCUGGCAAGCGCAUUGCUCUGCCCACUCGAGUCGAGCCCAAGGUCUUCUUCGCCAACGAGCGUACGUUUCUGUCAUGGCUCAACUUCACCGUCAUCCUCGGCGCCCUGGCCAUCGGCAUGCUCAACUUUGGCGACCGAGUGUCUUUCAUCUCAGCCUUUCUCUUCACCGGCGUGGCCAUGCUGACGAUGAUUUACGCCUUGGUCACAUAUCACUGGAGAGCAAAGUCUAUACGAGUGAGAGGGCAGGCGGGCUUCGACGACCGAUUUGGCCCUACCUUCUUGGCCAUCAUCCUCCUGCUGGCCGUUAUUGUCAACUUUGUUUUGAGGAUUAUGGAUCAGUCGAAGAAGCAAAAGGGCAACCCCGCCUACUAAACGCUGGUCUUUCUAUUAUAAGAGAUGGAGUUUUAAAAUCAACAACAAACCGAGGUGUAGUCUGGAUCGUAGUGCAUGUAAACUAUGUUUGAGAGUUGUCAGGUCGGAUCGUGAAGCUUUGCUGGCCUUGUCCAUCAAGAUCCCAGGUGAAGAGGGCUUCUCUAAAGGUAUUUAGCGCUGUUGCAAUUAGUGUAUCAUAUGUUUCCUGGGUAUCGGACUGGAGAUGAUUAUUAGCUUAAUAAGAUUGUUUAUAAAAGCUAGGGUAUCAUAAUGCUGUAUCCAUAUAUAAAAGAAUUGCCCUCCAGAUUCAAGUAGGCGUAGCCCAAAUUAAAGCCUUUCGUUUUCCUUCCGUGGUAAUGCUUGUUAUGUUGCAUCCUCGCUCGUUUGCACCGUUACGUUUUCCCUUGCUUUGAGGUCGGGGAUUGGCUGAGACGAGAUAAAUAUCCUCAGAGAUUUGUACGCUCGAGCUCGUGGAGGCGGCAGCACAGCUUGCUCGAAUCGGUUUUGCAUAGUCUCAAACGCAUUGUCGUCGCUGUCGGAUUCAUCAUCGUCCACCUCCUCCAAAUCUACCUUACUGGGAGUGGAUUUUCUCUUUUUAGCCUCUGCAGGAAGGUCGAAUAGUUCGUUGUAUUGAUACCAGGUCCUCCCCUGUUCGCCGAGCGUCCUCUUGCACUGCUCUGCCACCGUAAUCAUCUUGCACACAUCCGCGGGUCGCGCAUGGAGCAAUACUGCACGCGGAUCUGAUGUCUUGUCGAGGAGGUGAGAAGUAGCGCUGGAGACGCGCUUGCGGAUCUGUGUAGACGAUAUAACUGAGAGGG